AUGAACAUACCAAUGAAACCAAUGAGGCCGCCGAUGCGUUCCUCUAUAGAAGGUUUAAACCAAGAAAUCGAAGGACUGGUAUUAAAAUCAACAUCCAACACUAAUGAAGAGCAUUCUGUCGAAGAUAAGUACGCGAGAUACCGGGAACAAAUAACUCCAGAAGGUCACCGAGCACCUCUGGCAGAUCUCCUAAGACAAACCAGGAGUGUGAACACGCAGACGCCGGCAACAGACCUUCCCUCCAGUUCGUAUUCUUCAGGCCCUCCAUCUAGGAAUUCUGAGUCACCGUUGAUACCAGGUCUUAUGGAUACUUCUCGUCCACCUAGUGAUCUUCCUCAAGGUGGAAGUCGCGGAUCAACUCCGGAACAAGAGAGAGAAGGACGUUUGGGUACGUCACCACACAUCAAUAGGUUCCUUGCACGAGAACCUCCUGAUGGUUGCGAAAAAGUUAAUACGAAAUUCACCGAGGAUGUUAGACGACCGAUGAUUGAUAUCAGCAAGUUAGAUUACUGCCCGAAGCCAUGCGUUAAUUUUCAAUUGAAGCCAAGUUUGACGUCAGCUUUCCUGCCACUUCAGCAGCCGGCGAAUUCAACAUUGGUGACAAGCACCGUGUCAUCAUCAUCGCACACGACGUCGGCAACACCACCACCUCCAAAUCCAUAG